UGCAGUUACUAUCGUUUGAUAACGAAGGUUGAUCUCAUCCAAGCAUCAUGAAAGCAGUCGUACUACUAUGCGUUUGUGCCGUAUCUGUGUUGGCUGCCCCGAAUCCAGCUGAGAAUGCACUUCGACGCUCUUUACCAGCUUUGCAUCACGAAGAAAUCCAUGAUGACUUCGGUCAAUACGCACUACGUUACGUUACGGCUGAGGGUAUCGUAGUCUCCGAACGCGGUCAUCUUGUACCUAACGCUGAUGGUACAGAUUACGUCCUUGUCUAUGACGGAGAAUACUCAUUCAUUGGAGACGAUGGAAAGACUUACACAACGAAGUAUACCACAGAUAUCAAUGGCGGGCAUCAAGUAGAGGCUGACCAUUUACCUAAAGCUCCAGAGCCAGACGUACUAGAGUUGCCAAAGGUUGAACCUGUGAUUCCCGUAGUGCUGCCAGUUGAGAUUCCAGCUGCUUAA